AUGAGACAAACUACGAUUUUCAUUAUAACUACUUACGUCAGUGCUAUUUACCAAGAUUGGCCAGUUACUAAUGCUAACUUUGGAUGCGCGACAGUCCGUCUCCUCACAGACGACAAUGUACAGAACUCUACUAACCAAAAUCUCGUCGGAGUGGAUAGUCAAAACGUGGACAUGUUCAGACAACUGCUGAAUCAAGAAACUAUCAUCAGAAUGAACUUGAUCAAAAAUGUCCACGCGUUGAUGAAAGACAUGUUGACUCUAAAGGAAAACUUCGCUGUGGUCGAACAAAAAAAUUCUCACGAGUCGUUCCAACGAAAUAUCGAUAUCGAUCGGAAGGCAUUUGAACUGAAUGUUUCAAACAUACUGGCAGACAUUAAAAUCGAGGUACGGUAUUUGUCUAUCAACUUGCUGGAUCUAAACGCACACACUCGUUACAUGAACAAAACAGUAGACAGUCUGAAGGUCGAGCUGAAGGAAGCUCAGAUUGAACAACUGAAGUUAUCCUCUGCUGUGACCUCUCUAGAGAUGUUCCGAAUGAAUCUGACCAACACUAAAUGUUGUACUGAUGGUUUUCUGAUUACUGUAUACAGGGUUAUUUUCGCCCUGUGUUAUUUUCGCCUUUAUACCUUGCUGACGGUUUGCCCCGUUUUACAUUCGCCCAGGCACAGUUCUGUUAAAACAGAGAUAAGACAGAAAACAUAUUUCAUUAACAACAUCGGGGAUGGAUACAAUCCCAGUACGGGUGUUUUCACAGCCCCUACAGAGGGACACUGCGUCUUCUUCAUCACUGUCGUGGAAUAUAGUAAACAAUAUAACAUGGUUGACAUUAUUCUAAAUGGGUCAUCAAAGGUCAGAACAAUAGGAGAAGACGAUGCAGGUUACCAGACGGGAACAAACAUGGCUGUCCUGCGGCUUCAGCAGGGAGACACGGUGUACAUCAGACGUUACUCUGGCAAAGGUUAUUACACCCACAACACUCCCAUCACAACGUUCUCUGACUUCCUCCUCUAACUUACACUUACCAAGGUUAGAGGUCAGAUUGAGUUUGAUUUAUUGUAACCCACUACUUAGAUAGGAUAUAUGAUCGUGUUUAUAUCCAAUAAAAAUCCUCAUGAUUCAUAUAUAGAAAUAAUCACUCUCGUUAUUACAUGUCUUUGUAAAAAAUUUCAUUCUCUAGUCUAUAUGUGACAAUCAUUCUAGUGUUUAUAUGUAAUAAUCAUUCUAGUGUUUAUAUGUAAUAAUCAUUCUAGUGUUUAUAUGUAAUAAUCAUUCUCGUGUUUAUAUGUAAUAAUCAUUCUCGUGUUUACAUGUAAUAGUCAUUCUAGUGUUUAUAUGUAAUAAUCAUUCUAGUGUUUAUAUGUAAUAAUCAUUCUCGUGUUU